AUGAAUCCGGACGGUCGAGCUCCGAAGCCUCUGGAUCGAGAGCAAUGUGUAUUUCUAGCAGUGCGCGCGUGGUUGAACAACGUUGCUCCUCUACCUAUUGACGACUUGCGAACGAAAGCGCAAACUCUGGGACGCCCAGCGAAGAAUCUCAUCGCCAAGUCGGGUGGCAUCCGAGAACUCCUCAAGCAAUGUCCCGAACUCACCGUGACCGCUGGGGAAGUGAACGUGUCCUGGGGCUCAGUCACUACGGACUGCGAGAACUUGGGAGCUCCUGAGAUUGCCGCUUGUCUUAACAAUCUUCCAAAGAAAGACAUCGAUCUGCUCAAUCACAAUCUGUCCAAGCUCCAAGUUGUCUCGAGAUCCAGUCGCUUAGUGAACGCUCUCCGGAAACGUCAGGGCCUCGAAGAUCUCAAACAUCGGUGUGAAAUGAAAAGAUCUGAAAUCAGGCGCCUCAAGGAAUGGAUUCAGACAAAGAGAUCCGAGAAUCCGGUCGCCGAAAUGAAGAAGUUGAAAGCACUACGGGAUUCGUCGCUUAGAAGACUUUCGGAGAAAAAAUAUAUUCACAAACAGAGAGGCGAAAUGGAAAAUCAACUGGCUGCUCUUGACCAGAGUAUAGAGCUCAUGCAGCACGAAGUUGCCCGGUUAAGAUUGCAGGGAAUCCAUGUCAACGAAAAAGUGACAAUGUACGAACAGGAUCUUUUCUUUGAGUCUCACCAAAACCAAAGUCUCACCCGUGAUCUUCUGGCGCAGCACGAGAAAGACACCGAGAAGCUAGCCGUUGUCCUCGAAGUCUUGAUCCGAGAGAAACUCUCGCACUCCAAGAAUGUUCUCGGAGCCCAUCUCAUGGCUUUGGAGGCAGCGAAUAUAGAUGGAGAUCCAAUGCAACAAAAUUGCCGGAUCAGACUUGCUGAAAUCGAAGAGCUGCAAGAGGACUUCCUGCGUCGGCUUCGGGAGAAUAAGGUGAACUUACAAAUGAUCUCGCAACUGGAACUAGUGACUAUGAAGUCGAUCCGAUCGCCGCUGCUGGCUGUGAAAAUCAAGGAACGUCCCCUCAAUGCACCCGUCGCCGCCGCCGCGGCAUCCGCGGGGGGAACGAGCGACUCCCCAGCUUGUUCCGCGGAACCUUCAGGAGCGGACAAGGAGGCUGUAAUUUGUGCAAUAUGCCUCGACGGCAUCGAACUGGAUCCGACGGAGUCUCUGGCCUGCUCGCACAGUUUUCACAGAUCUUGUCUGACAGAGAUGCAAUCUAGCGGAGGUGUUUUUUGUCCUCUCUGUCGUCGAUACGAACCGUCUUCCACGGAAUUCCCGCGUCUGUGA